GAACAGUGCGAGGUGUUUAUUUUGCGGCUCUAUUAGAAAGGAUUAUGAAUGUUAUGGAGCCCUAUUCGUCUGUAUCAACAAUUUGUAGUUCUUCUUGACCCGGAGGGUCAAUAGCUGGGAGUUGGAUUAUUGCAACUACAACAAUUUGAUGCGUUAGAUGCAGACAUGCACACCAGAUGGAGUUCUGAAUACAGAUUUUCAGAAAUGAAGUCAUGGAUGAUAGCAGUAUGCCUUGUGGUGGUGGGCCACGUUUCAGCCAUGAAAGAUUUUCCCACAUUGAAUCACUUACGACCGUCAUCCAGUAUUGCUGACCAAUCAUUGGCUGCUCAGCAGCUGAUUGGACGGGUCUUAGGGGUGGACCUUGCAUCACAUUUCAACGUGACUGUCACUGGUGCAAAAGUACUGGAUUCAUUCAAUAUUAUUUCCGAUGGCAACACAGUGUCCAUAACUGCAACAACAGGUGUAGCAGCUGCAAUGGGUUUCUACUAUUACCUGAAAGUGCACUGUGGGUGUCAGUUUACGUGGGCUGGACAACAGUUGAACAUUCCAUCACCACUGCCAGCCAUCGCCCAGCCAGGCAUUACCAUUAUGGCAAAUGACAGGUUUCGGUACUACCAGAAUGUGUGUACUGUCAGCUACUCCAUGGCAUGGUGGGACUGGUCUCAAUGGGAGCAACAUAUCGACUGGAUGGCAAUGAAUGGCAUCAAUCUACCAUUGGCCUUCACUGGACAGGAGGCAGUGUUUCAGAAGACAUACAUGAAGCUGGGAUUUACAGCUGAUGACUUGAAGAUGCACUGGGGAGGUCCGGCCUUCCUGGCAUGGUCCCGGAUGGGUAACAUGCAUGGUUGGGGAGGGCCCCUGCCCCAGUCCUGGAUAGACAACCAGCUUGCCUUGCAGCACCAGAUACUGGCACGUAUGAGGGACCUCGGUAUGAUACCAGUCUUACCAGGGUUCUCCGGACUUGUGCCUGAAAACUUCACCAGGCUGUACCCUAAUGCAAGCGUGAGUCAACUUUCUGAUUGGAAUGGUUUCGAUAGCACUUAUUGCUGUACAUACCUGUUGGAUUUUGAAGACCCUAUGUUCAACAAGAUUGGCUCAACGUUCAUACAAACUAUGCAGGAUGAGUUUGGAACUGAUCACAUUUACAAUGCUGAUUCCUUUAAUGAGAUGGACCCAAAGUCAAGCUCCCCCUCUUACUUGAAGACUGCAGGCAGUGCAGUGUAUAAUGCCAUGGCAACGGCUGACCCACAAGCUAUAUGGCUGAUGCAGGGCUGGCUAUUUCAGAGUCCAUUCUGGACUCCUGAACCAACGAAGGCCUAUCUUACAUCAGUGCCUAUUGGCAAGAUGAUAGUGUUGGACCUGAUAGCCGAGGGCAGCCCAAUAUACGUGAGGACCCAGUCCUUUUAUGGUCAGCCCUUUAUCUGGUGUAUGCUGCACAAUUUUGGAGGCACUAUGGAGCUGUUUGGAAACAUAGAUGCAAUAAACAAUGGCCCAUUCAAAGGUAGACAGUUUACUGGCAGCACCAUGGUUGGCAUUGGACUGACGCCCGAGGGAAUUUUCCAGAAUGAGGCCAUCUAUGAGUUCAUGAACGAGAAUGCUUAUGCAAAGUCCCCUCGCAAUCUUACAGAGUGGUUCACCAAUUACACUGUUCAGAGGUACGGAAGUUACCAUAGCGACGCAGACCAGGCAUGGCAGCUGUUGAGGCAAACCGUCUAUAGAGGAAGUGUGAGGUCUACAAUGGGUCUAGCACAACUCCGGGGCUCAGCCACCUCUGUGCCCACACUUAGACCUCAGUUGCCUGCCAGAUACCCGCCUGUGUGGUAUGAUACAAAGCUUCUCUACAUGGCGUGGAAGCACAUGCUCAAUGCAGCUCCUAAAUUCAGCAAUAACUCUUUGUUCAGGUAUGAUCUGGUAGACAUUGGUCGCAACUCGCUUCAGAUGUUGUCCAUCCAGUAUUAUACUGCAAUACUGGCUGCUUAUCAGAACCAGAGCAUAGAUGCACUCGAUAAAGCGGGCGGUGCCAUGAUGAACAUACUGUCUGACCUAGAGCUGCUGCUGGGGUCUGAUCCUCACUUCCUUCUGGGUCCAUGGAUCCGUGACGCACGCUCGUGGGGCGUGACAGCGAGUGAAGCUGACUUGAUGGAGUACAACGCCAGGAACCAGGUCACACUGUGGGGGCCAACCGGAGAGAUUCGAGACUAUGCAGCGAAGCAGUGGGCAGGCUUGAUUUCUGGGUAUUAUGCACCAAGAUGGGGCAAAUUUAUUGGCAUGUUGGCGCUGUGUGUUAGCCAGGGGACCCAGUUCAGCCAGACAGAAUACAAUGAGGUUGUUCUAGAGACAAUAGAGGAGCCAUUCUGCGCAGACACUACUCAAGUACCUGUGAAUCCAACUGGAGACAGUGUGGAGAUAUCAGCAGCUCUCUACCAGAAAUAUCUGCCCGACAUGAAAUCAGAUUUCCAUAGCAAGCUACCAGUCUGGGCCACACAGGGGGAGAGUGGGCUAAAACAGGCCAUCAGCUGGAUGUAUAAUAAUUAGGGGAGGGGCACAUGGGGAUGAGUAUAUUCGGUCAAGUAUAGCAAGAAUAAAAAAAAAUGGGAAUACAUGUAGUGGGACUCAGUGCUUCUCCAGACCAACUUCAAACAUAGAUACAAAACAAUAAAUCGGACACAUGAGGGAUUCAAUAAAUGAUGUACAGAUUGAAUACAAAAAUAAUAACGGGACACAUCAGUACAUUAGACCAACUUUAAAUAUUACAAAACAAUUAACUGGGGUGGGGGAGGCAUGUGACCUUAUUUUGUGAAUCAUUUAGGAAUCAUAGGGAUACAGGUGUCCAUUCAUAACAUAGAUUGAGAGUCAUCAUAGGUACAUAAUAGCAGGUUUUCAAACAUAACAUUUGUACCAAAUUAUAAGGGGGGGGGGGCUUUGUUUGAAUGUUUCUCAAUAAGUGGGAAACAUGGUAACAUAUGCUCUUAGUGGUAUAGGGUUUCAGGUUUCAAAUGGAAUAACAUUUAUCAGUUGUUGCUGCAAAGCAGAAAUUUGAUGUUACCCACUAUUUCUGGUUUGUAUUUUACAUUUAAUGUGAAUAAAUUAACAGUUUUACACAAUGUUUACAAAACUAUUUUUUGCUUGAAAAUUUGCUACCAAUACCUUGGCUGUUGCAGUUGUUUGAAAGUCCCUCACUUCCAUACCUUUUGAGGGAACAGUCACUUCCAAUAGUCACCUAUGUGAAAUUGGUGGUUAAUAGGAAUUUUGAUUCUCAUCUUUAUUAUGUUUGUUUGAAAUGUGUUUAUAUAUAUAUAUUUGUAUGAUGGAAGGUUUUGGGAGCAUACAUAUAGAGGUAUGAAUGUAUUCUUAACCUUUAUAAAUAUCUUAUGAUAAAAGGAUUGAAUGGCCUUGUUAUCUUUAAAAGUCAUUUAUAAGAUUUAAAAAAAGGCUGUUAAUAUUUGAUGUUGUUUGCAUACAUUAUUUUUAUGUCCCCCACUAAAGUAUUGGGGGACAUAUUGUUUUUGCCCUGUCUGUUGGUCUGUUGGUUGGUUGGUCUGUUGGUUUGCGCCAACUUUAACAUUUGCAAUAACUUUUGCAAUAUUGAAGAUAGCAAUUUGAUAUUUGGCAUGCAUAUGUAUCUCAUGGAGCUGCACAUUUUGAGUGGUGAAAGGUCAAGGUCAUCCUUCAAGGUCAAAGGUCAAAUAUAUGGGUCAAAAUCGCUCAUUUAAUGUACACUUUUGCAAUAUUUCAAUAUCAAGAUAGCAACUUGAUAUUUGGCAUGCAUGUGUAUCUCAUGGAGCUGCACAUUUUGAGUGGUGAAAGGUUAAGGUCAAGGUCAUCCUUCAAGGUCAGAGGUCAUAUAUAUGUGGCCGAAAUCGCUCAUUUUAUGAGUACUUUUGCAAUAUUGAAGAUAGCAACUUGAUAUUUGGCAUGCAUGUGUAUCUCGUGGAGCUGCACAUUUUGAGUGGUGAAAGGUCAAGAUCAUCCUUCAAGGUCAAAUAUAUAGGUCAAAAUUGCUCAUGUAAUGUCACUCCUGCAAUAUUGAAGCUAGCAAUUUUAUAUUUGACAUGCAUGUGUAUCUCAUGGAGCUGCACAUUUUGAGUGGUCAAGGUCAUCCUUCAAGGUCAAACGUCAUAUACGGGGACAUAGUGUUUCACAUACACAUCUUGUUAUCUGUUACUUUUGGUUUUGAUAUUUUCUUUAAAAAAAGAUAGUGGGUUUUCUAUAUGCAGAAGAGCUUAUUAUAUUAUGGGCAUUCACUAGAAGCUAAAUAGUUGGUUUCAUAAAUAGUGGGUUUUAUGAAUAAUGGUUUAUAUACGCAGUGGGUUUUUUUUAAUAAAGAAACUUAUAUGCAUACACAUUAGCGGGGAUUUAUAAAGCUGCCUGGUUACAAUAUGUUUUAUUGGAAUACUUUUUGCUUAAAUAUAGUGCUAUUUGGUUGCAUUUAAGUCUGAGCCUGUUUGCUUCGUUUAAAGUUUUUUAAUCUAUGGCAAAAAUAAGUGGCUCCCAUCCUAAGACUGCGUUGUAGGUUGCUUCAAGAUGUGAAAUCCAUCUUUCCAUACUUCUCGCCUCAUGACAUAUAUUUUACAUUCCACGUGCAAUAUUUGUACAAUAUUAAAAAUGCACCUAUAUAAACAAAUGAAAACCGUU